UGUGAUUAGCAUUGCUGUCUGAUACUUAGUUUGCCCUGCAGUCAGCCUGGUCUGCUUCCAGAGGAAAGACUGCCCUCAGGCUGCUCAGUCAACAACCGAAGCCCAAGCCCAGGCAGCCUGCCCGGCAUUCAGGCAACAAAAUCACAAUGCCUGGCACCACCACAGGCAAGAAGCUCGAUCUCUCAAAGCUCACAGAUGAGGAGGCCAAGCAUGUAUGGGGCGUCAUCCAGCGGGAUUUUGACCUGAGGAAGAAAGAGGAGGACAGACUUGGGGACCUAAAGACCAAGAUUGAGAAGGAAGACACAAAGCGAGAGUUGCUGGGCAACCAGACCAGCCUGACUGAGACCUAUUGUAUCCGAUGUCUUCAGCCCUUCAAGUUCCUGGUCAACAACAGGCGUCAAUGUCUGGACUGCAAUCUGUACAUCUGCAAGUCCUGCAGUCGCUACAAUAAGAAGGAGCACGGCUGGGUGUGUGACCCCUGUCGCAUGGCCAGAGUCCUCAAGAUUGGAACUUUGGAAUGGUACCAUGAAAACGUACGUGCCCGCUUCAAGCGUUUCGGCAGUGCCAAGGUUAUGAGAUCACUCUUCAAGAGGCUGAGUGGAGAAGACACUUCCUCUCAGAAUGAGCUUGGAGAGCCCAGUGAAUAUGACACGCAGAGCAUACCUGAAGUCCAAACAGAUGGAUACGGGGAGCACAGUAUGGAUCCGGCAGAUUCACAAAACUAUAAAGGGAUGAAAAAGACCAAAAGGCGGCUAACUGUGGACCCUUUUGAUCUCGAUCUGGGUGAUUUGGGUGAUCUGGGUGACUACCUCAUUGAAUCAGGAGGACGGUCAAAUCAGGCUCCCAGCCCCAAUGAGAUCACGCCCACAGAUGUAGCUAAGAGGGAGUCGAUGCUUGCUGAGGCUGAUAUGGCCUCUGUGUUCCACAACAUUUUUGAGGAGCAACGCAAAGGUCUGGGGUUCAGUACAGACGCUGGUCUUGACUUCAGCCAUGGGAUGGGCAUGGGAAUCAUUCAAGAACAAGAUGACUUUGCGUACACAGACAGCCGAGCUCUUCCAUCUCGCUCCAUGUCGAGGCUCAGCUACUCUUCAUGUGGUAGUGGCAGUGCCGGGGGCCCCCAGGGCAGUGGCAGCUAUCUGGCAGGCCCCGAUGACUCUGAGGAGGACUUCCCACUUUACCAGUCCCAUCAGGGCUUUUGCAGUCACACUUCCCAGGAGAGCCUGAACUCAACAAACCCCCCACCGCAGAUCACUGACCUCAACAGACGGGUGUCAGCCAUAGAGUCACUCCUGAAUCGCUUGGAGCGAAGAGUCUCAACAACUGAGCAGACUCACUCUCCAAGUAGCACCUCUCCUCCUCCUCCUCAGUGGGAAGAUGCAGACCUAGAAGAGCAGCAGUUAAGACAGAAGCUGGACAAGAUGACGGACGACAUCAGUGACCACAGUGUGACCUCUGAUGAGGAGGAGGAGGAGUCCAACGGGCCUUUCUCCUCCCAAGACCCUCUGACAUGGAGGAGCCCACUACAGGGGGACAGCCAUGUCUCCAAAAUACCUACCAAACCCACAUCCAAAACAGGCACUGUGGUCUGCACACCUGAGGAGAGGCAGCUACAGCAAACCAACUUUCAGAAGGUAACCCAUGUGACAGAAAGCCCAGAAUGGAAGUUGCACCCUCUCGAGGAGGAAUCAAAGAUGAACUUCAGAGGCUCAACAGCUUUACUUGUUGAGCUGGAGGACAAAGUGGCUCAAGCAGCUGCUGAUGUUCAGAACACUGAGAGUGAGGUGUCUUACAUAGAAGAUAGAAUUGCUGCGCUGAAUGCUGCUGGCAUGCCAGUGGAUAAAAGGAGAAGGUCUGCGAUCCCGAUCCAAGCCAGAAGACUCUCCCACAAUUUUCCCACAAGCCAAGUGGACAGGUUUGUGAGGAACUCCCUCUACAGGGGCUCCCUGACACAGAGGAACCCAGUGGCCAAGCCCAAGCCAAGGGCUACCUGUGCGAAACCAGUCAUGACACAGGGCUCAUGAAGAGGCGGCUGACUAUUAUCUGAAGUACUAUGAGGGUUCACUUUCCCCAUUUCUUCUGUGAACACAUUUAUCUUGUACAGUUGGAAUCCAUGACAUGGUUCCAAUUGAAAUUUCAGGGUCUGUCAAGUGGGAUGAGACAGUUUAAGUUUUACGUUACUUCCUGGGAUAAAUCCAUACAGCAUUCAUAGUGUGUUUCUCAGUUUCUCAUGAUACACUAUGGACUAACAUUGCAAAACCUGCAUCUUAGGAUACACUUUUGAUUUGCAGGUUUUCGUUCAUGCAUUUUAAUGAGCACAUUACUUGCUGUCAUUGGUUACAUACACUGAUGUAUAGAAUGAAAUCCAAUUUCAUUACAUAUUGAUGUAAGUUGCAAGAUUUCAUAAUACUUUAUGCCAGUGCAAAUGUGCAUUUGGCUCUGAAAGACUUACUUAAGGGCACAAAAUUAGUUCUGGAAAAGCUAAUUUUGUGCCUGACCUAACUUUAUGCAUUUGUGGGAGUUCCUAUUUCAAAGCGCCAAUUCUGAGGAGUGUAUUUAAAUGAGUCAUGCAAAGUGAUUUACUGAUGUUUGCAACUGAAGAUUUACUGCAGAGUACACCAUUAUUAAAUGCUGGAAAAACAAAACAAAACAUGUCUUUACACAUUGGCACCUGUAUGAACAUGACAGGUACUGUACGUACAGAGGAGGCACCGCCGAGCACAGAGGACAGGCGGAAGAAGAGACGGAAUUUUCAAUACUUGUGUUAAUUUAUUUAAUUUAGGACAGAGCAAGGUGUUAUCAGAGCAGACUGACCAUAAAACAGUUCACAUUUUCACUUGAGUUGUUCACCUGAGAUCACUACUGGAGCGCACUGACAUCAUGUUACCUAAUCACCAGGAGGCUCGACAAGUCAAGUAGAGGUUUUAUGUUCAUGUAAAUGAGGCAAUGUGGCAAAACAAUUUAGAUGAACUAUUGAAUUCUAGUGAAAUAUUCAACUUGAUAACAUUCUGAUUUCUAAGUCUUUUUCCUGGUUUUGUGGAUGAUACAGACAGCAUGGCAUGUUUCCUCUGUAUUACUAAUAUUAAAAACAGUAGUCAUAUGGAAUUAAAGUAUUUCCCAUAAAGUUUUGACCAGAGUGAUGAGAAUUAUGAAUGUAAGUCAGAAUUCAGUUCUAAUAGCAGCUACAAAUUUCACUUCAUGACAUUUCCAUGCGUGUGCCAUUUUCUUUAAUUUCCUCUGUAGAAUACAUCCUUCCCCUCCUGUAUUCAACUCACUUGCAAAGUGAUCCAGAUCGGCCUUUAUGAACAGGUGGAACAUUAUGAUUUUAAAGCAUUUUAGUUUCUCUUUUAGACACACUUACAUUCAUCCACAAACUCGUUCUGUUUUCCCACAGAAAACCUCUUCUCCUGCUACCUCUCUUUGGUCUGUGUUGUUGUUUCCUGACAGAAAUGUGUGUAAAACUGACACUGUGUUGUUAGUAGAAUCCCUUCAUCAGGUGUGUCAAUGUGCAGUCAUUAUUGAAAUGAACUUUGCACAUUAUUGAAAUGAGCUGGUUCUGUCUGUUCAGAAUUACUUAGUAAAUCACCUGCAAAAAGUGGCCACUGCUUUAGGUAUACCUGUUGCCUUAGUAAAUCUGGCACAAACUGUGUAUAUAUGCACGGUACACAUGCAGUUUUAUGUAAAUCUUCUCCACAAUCCUUCCAUAACUGUAGGUUUACUCUAACAAGAAAAAUGAUUUAUGGUACUUAGGUGGAAAAAUUUGAUAUUGGUAUAGAGUCUUAUUUUUUAUUGAUGAAACAUUAAAUAAUAGGCUAAAAAGCCUUGUUUUAUAGGCAUAUUACUCUGAGAGUUGUUAAAACUCCCAGCUGACUCAAAUAUAGCAGUUUGAGUUCAGCAGCUGCUGUGUUUUAUAAAUAUAUUUAAUGCUUAGUGUUUAAUUAAAUUAUUAAACGACUUUCUUUAAAAAAAAAAAAAGAAAAGAUUUCAUACAAUAAAUAUAAAACUUUAUUCUUCCAAUCCAAUCCAAC